CAAUAUUUGCAGUUCUUCAUAAUUCUAUUAAUAUAAAAAAAAGUUGUGAUCCUUGAAAUUCUUUACACAUUUUUUCUCUUGGAAAAUUAGAAUAGAAUCAGAAUCCAGAAACUGAUACAAUGAUACAGCUUUUGUAUGCAGUAAUUUUCUCAGAGAUGGGUCUCAUAAUGGUUCUUUCAUUCAAGACCCCUUUUAGGAAGCUGGUUUUGAUGGGUUUGGAUCGGGUGAAGCGAGGUCGUGGGCCAAUUGUUGUGAAGACGGUGGGGGGAACGGUUCUUGUGGUGUUGAUGUCAAGUGUUUAUAGCAUGAUGAAGAUCCAGAAACAUGGGAUUGAUGAGGGUUUGGUCAAUCCGACCGACCAGGUUCUCAUGGCUAAGCAUCUUCUUGAAGCCACUCUUAUGGGAGCCAUGCUUUUCCUUGCACUAAUGAUAGACAGACUACACCAUUAUAUAAGGGAAUUGCGCAUGAGGAGGAAGAGCAUGGAGGCUGUAAAGAAACAAAGUCGAGAUGCUGAGAAUGGAAAAGCUGAGGAGAACAAAGCCAUGGAAGAAGAAAUGACCACAGUGCGAACAAAACUGAAGCAGCUAGAGUCUGAACUGGAAGUGAAGAAAAAAGAGGUACACGCAUCAGAAACCAAUGCAGUUGCACUAAGGAAGCAAUCUGAGGGGUUUCUUCUCGAGUAUGAUCGGUUACUUGAAGAGAAUCAAAAUCUAAGGACCCAAUUGCAAUCUCUGGACGUGAGACUAUCGCGUUCAGGCAGCAAGAAGAAUACUUAGAGAAGCAAACACCCUGAUUAAAUAGUAGUUUUCAAAUUAUAUCUUAUACUAUUUAUUUAACAUGUUCAAAGUGGUUUUGCUGAUGAUGGUUUAAUACUGAUUUAUGGAUUGUUGUAAGUGUGGAGAGAAAAGACAUACAAAAGAGAGAGAUUAAAGAGAAAUUAGGUUUUAAUUUUCUUGUUAAAUUCAAUGCUGAAAUAGAAUGAAUCAAUUUUUCCUGGACAAAA